AUGAGCGCUAUUACAGGUAGACCAUGUGAUGUUAAUGGUGUAUUCCUCCCCCCUGGCGCUCCACCUCCACCUCCUGAGAAUCUCGCACCUGAUGACUGGACGCCUUUUCGAAACCGCACAGAAUUUGAAACGGCCGAGUUCCUUUACAAGCACAAUCAAAUGCCAGCUGGUCAAAUUGACCGGCUACUGGAUCUAUGGGCAUCUACCCUCACGAAGCACAACGACAACCCGCCGUUUGCAGAUCACCAUGAUCUGUACCAUGUCAUCGACAGUUCGCCCUUUGGGGAUGUACCAUGGCAACGUUUUAUGGUCGCCUAUGAUGGCGAGAGACUUGCAGAUGAGGACAAGCCCUGGAUGGACAGCGAAUACGAAGUCUGGUUCCGCGACCCACGUGAAGUUGCGCAUAAUAUGCUCACAAAUUCGACUUACACUAACGAGAUAGAUUACUGCCCGUAUAGGGAGUAUUCAACUGAGGGCAACAAGCGCCAAUGGAAGGAUUUCAUGUCUGGCGACUGGGUGUGGAAUCAAGCAGACGAAAUCGCGAAAGACCCAAGCACUCUCGGGUCGACAUUUGUCCCUGUCAUCCUUGGCAGCGACAAAACGACAGUUUCAGUCGGAACGGGUAACAACGAGUACUACCCGCUCUAUGCUUCCAUUGGGAACAUCCACAAUAACGUUCGAAGAGCGCAUCGCGAUGGUGUGGCCGUCAUUGGGUUCCUGGCAAUGCCGAAAAGUAUAUUUCAUCGACAGUUAUUCCAUUCAUCCCUUUCCAAAAUUCUCGAUCCGCUCAAGCCGGGCAUGACGACUCCCGAAGUAACGCAUUUUGGAGAUGGCCACUACCGGCGUGUCAUAUAUGGACUAGGGCCUUACAUAGCGGAUUACGAAGAGCAAGUUUUAUUAGCGUGCAUUGUCCGUAAUUGGUGUCCAAAGUGUGUUGCAAAUUGCGAAGAUCUUGACGAAGAUGCGCUGCCCCGUAGCCGCAAAUAUACAGAGGCACUCAUUGAAGAAGCUCCCUCAGGAGAUCUUUGGGAAGACUUCGGAAUAGUCACGCAACUUGUGCCAUUCACAAACGACUUUCCCCGAGCCGAUAUCCAUCAAAUGAUAUCACCAGAUAUCCUCCAUCAACUUAUAAAAGGCACCUUCAAGGAUCACCUCGUAACAUGGGUCGAGAAGUACCUCCGUCAGACACACAACAAAUGGAAGGCACAGAAAAUUAUGGAUGAUAUUGACCGCAGAAUCACUGCUGUCGCCUCGUUUUCAGGCUUGCGACGAUUUCCUCAAGGGCGCGGAUUCAAACAGUGGACAGGAGAUGACUCCAAGGCCUUGAUGAAAGUCUAUUUACCUGCUAUCGAGGGCCAUGUACCUCAAGACAUCGUUCGCGCCUUUCGUGCGCUUCUAGAUUUUUGUUAUCUAGUCCGUCGCAAUAUCAUCACCGAAGACUCUCUACUUCAAAUCAAAGACGCACUCUCUCAUUUUCACCGUUACCGUGAAAUCUUCAGGACAACGGGUGUCAUCCUUCACUUCUCCUUACCUCAUCAACACUCGCUCAUGCACUAUGUUCGAAACAUUCGACUCUUUGCUGCACCCAACGGUCUCUGCUCGUCAAUCACCAAGAACAAGCACAUCAAAGCGGUCAAGGAGCCUUGGCGACGAUCGAGCCGUUACAAUGUGCUUGGUCAGAUAUUACUGACCAAUCAAUGGCUCGACAAACUUUCAGCACUGCGAGUCGACUUCAUGCGUCGGGGGAUGCUCACUGGCACUUGUCUCUCAGCAGUCAAUGCCUUAGAGGGCAAAAAUCGCGCUCAAACCAUUCCUGAACUCGCUGAUGAACUUAAUAUUCCUCACCUAUCUGACCUUCUCAGACGCUUCUUAUUUCAACAGACGCAUCCUGAUGAUCCCCGCGAUCCAUCCGAUAUCCCUCUUGCUGAAUGUCCCCUCUAUCUCAGCAAAAUUGCGGUCUUCAACUCAGCAUCAUCGCGAUUUUAUGCACCGAGCGAUUUGAGUGGUAUUGGUGGCAUGCGCACUGAACACAUCCGCUCUUGUCCCUCCUGGCGAGGUGGGCAUUCACGCAACGACUGUGUCUUUGUCAACACAGACUCUAGUCUACCUGGCAUGCAAGGUCUCGAAGUCGCACAUGUUCGCGCAUUUUUUUCAUUCCAGUACUGGGGCGAAGUGUAUCCCUGCGUUGUGGUUCGCUGGUUCAACAAAAUCGGCGAUGCUGCAGACAAAGACACGGGAAUGUGGAUGGUUCGUCCAGGAGAGGGUGCAAACAAUACUGCUGAGUACGCAAUCAUUCAUAUUGACGCCAUUUAUCACGCUGCCCAUCUUAUUCCCGUGUACGGCACGGAAUUCCUGCCUCCAGAGCUCAAAUUUUAUCAUUCCUAUGAUGCAUUCCGCGCCUACUAUGUCAAUAAAUACGCUGACCAUCACGCCUUUGAGAUUGCAUUUUGAUCUAGCUACUUGUACACAAUUUGAAUUUAUAAUACUCUUUUCUCUCUUAAUAUGCAUUUUCUCUCCUUUGU